AAAAAAAAACAAAAAAAGAAAAAACAAUUGAUAUUUACACUUAGUGAAGCAAAAAGCAAAACCAAAAAACAAAAAAAGCGAAGAGUAUAAGCGAAGAAAGGAACAAAAAAACAAAAAUGAUGCAAAUGUGUAAGAAAUAAACCCCGUCCUGCAUAAAUAAAAUUAAAUAAAAGAAUAAAAUAAAUGGAAACGUAUAGAAUAUCAUAAAGUAAAGAAGAUUUACACGAAAAUUAAAUGCAAAACAAACAAACAAAACACGAGAAAGCAAGAACAACAAAAUUAUAAUGAAAUCGCAUGUGUUUUUGUCGUAGUCUCAUCAUUGAAAACCAAGUGGAAGUAAAUAAUAUAAUAAUAAAAGAAAAAAAACAAGUUAAUUGUAAUGAGAAGAAACAGCAAAUAAGAGCAACAAUUUGUGUAAUUCUUUUAGUCGAACUAUGAUUUUUGAACGAGCAGAAAACUAAGUUGGAGAAAAGUAUAUAAAAAUUUAAAUAUUAAAUGUACUCGAAGACAAUUGUAAUUGCAACAAUAAUUGUACGCUACAUAUACUAUUAUUAAUGUGGAAAUAUUUCAGCAUUCUGUCCUGGCGAUUAAGCCCCGAUGUUUGAUCUUCGAUCGGCGAUCGACGAUCGACGAUCUUUGAUCUUCGAUUCUUGUCAAUCUAUCCGGUUGGAUAUGUUGGGCAUUAUUACACUAUAGCCGGGGCGCAAGAAACCCAGGAAAAGCCAGGAAAAUUGUAUAAUGUUUCACACAAAGAUCCAAUGAUGGAAAACCAAAUAUAAAACGUAAGAAUGCGGAUGAAAUACAGAACAACAAAGAAAAGAAAACCAAAACAAUUCUCAAUGUAUAAUCAUAUAAUUUGAUUUUGACUUUUUGUGUUCUUUUUCGAAAUAUUUUGCAUAAAUAAAAUAAAAUAACAGGAAAAACAAACAAUCAAUCGCAUGAACCCUGUCAUUAUGCUAGCCUCCGAUCCAAAUCCAGAUAGCCUCAAGAUUAUCCAUUAUUUAUUUCCCGCGAUCGGCCAUAUAUUUACCCGAUAACCAUCAAGCCUUAUCAAUUUUCCUGCUCCUAUUUUGGAUUAGCAUCGAUAGCACGGGGUCAGAUGAAAGAAUAUUAAAUUAAAUUACGGAAUUGAGCUCGUCGCUUUUGUCGGUUUACAAGCACUAAUUAAGUCACCAUUUGAUAAAUAGAGUAAGUAUUAAACAAUAUGCGCUGGUAUGCGCUGAAUGCAUAUUUUGCACCCAAAAAAAUGAUUCAGAGGUUGGCCAUCGUCAUGAGUUCAAUUCCUUUACGCGACAAGAAAGGGAAGCGGCAAGAAACCUUGAAGGAACAUAAACGUAUAAAAGUUUGGAUGCUCCUGAAGAUUAGAAUUUCGAAGCAACAUGAAACACCUAAAUAGUGCCGGGUGGAACAGGGUCUGGGUCGCCAACCAGUCCAGGAACAGAGGCAUUCAACAUCUAGGAGUGCCGGACUGAAUUACACUGCGCAUACAUGUGUGCGCGCUCAUUAUGAGUUUAAACUUCGAGUGCGCCAACAAGCCUUUACAAUAAAUCACUUGAAAAGGUAUAUGUGAAAUCAAUGUAAAGCACUUCAGUCUAUCAAGUGUCCAAGCAUGAAAAUUGACGUACAUUUUGAUAUAUGGGCGGGAGAGCUUAUUCAGUUUCCGACUCGAUUCGGCGUGGCUUUCUGCCGCACGGGCGUGCCUUCAGUUCGCUCCGCGUUUCUAGUCGCCUUUCGCCGCCUUUCUUGAUCGACGUGGAACGCCGUGAAUGUGGAGCACGGAUGAAGCAGCGGACACGGCGUGUAGAUAGCGAUCCGUUCGGAAUGGCUGGGGUGCUCGAAGCUUUGCUUUGCUUGUUUUUCCCGCCUGAGUUGGGAAACUUUCCAAAGUGCAUUCUGCAUUCCCAAGAGAGCCCCCACUCAAGUGGCAUUGUCCCCUGUCCGAUUUGUCCGCUACAUGACAAAUGACAAACAACACACUUGGCGGGCGUGCAGUUUCUAUAUCGGAACAAUGUUCCCCUUUGGGCCACAGCUAGAGUGCAGUUAGAGGGUCAGACAAUUUUGAAAUGCACUUGAGGGUAUUGGGAACUCGAGAGCGUGUGCGUUUCGAGCUGGAUGCACUUGCAAAAACUACUUUAGGUUCCUGCUCUGCACUUGCGCCGCUUGACCAAGCAAGGACUCAUCGGGAGUUCUUUAAGAGGAAGGAAGAAGCUUUUGACAGAAUCCAUUUAUCAUUCUAUAAUGGCUUUUUAUUCACCUCUUCAUCAACUAUCAAUACAAUAUCUCAAUCUCCAUAAGCGCCAACACGGCCUUCCUUUGAGCUUCAUUUUUGAAAAAACGCCCAUUGAGUGCUUUUAAGAAGUGAUCCCCAAAGGGCUCAUAUCGCUCCGAGAUCUUCACAAGCACUCCCACCGCGAUUGCCACUGUGUCCGGCCCCCCAGAGCGACAAGAUGUCAGUAUGGGGAACAGAUAGCUGCUGGCACAGCUCCUGAGAUCGCUUACAAAUAAGGGGCGGUCGAUGGGGCUGGCUUCGAGUCGAGAGAUACGGGCAUAAACAAAUAGCUCGCGAUCCAACCACCGAGCGGGUGCGACAGGGACGAAUAGAGUGGCUAGAGUGGCUAGAGAGGGCAGUCCACCCCACUUGGGUGGUGCUCUCAGUAGUAGUGCGAUGGAGCUGGCCCCCUCAUACGGUGGUGCAAACGGUAGCCGUAGCCCGUUCUCGCGCCCGAUAAGAAUCGAGCGGCCGAACGAGACGAGGCGGGACGAAGCCAAGCAUGUUGCUACAACAUUGGAACAGGCAGUCCGCAUUUAAAUUGAGCUGAUUAGCCAGCAUAUCAAUCUGUAGCGUGUGGCCUGGUCUUUCCUAGCUCAUACAAAUGUUGCGGGUCGUGCUGCGUUCCCUGGUGUCUGCGGCAUUAUCACCAAUAUCGAUAUCGCCUCGACACGAUUGCAAACAAAAACAAAACGAAAAUAAAAUAAAAUAACACAGUAAACAGAAAACAGAAAACGCACCGAACAGGAGUUUUAUGGAGCCCCACAACAACUCCUGAUCGAGCAGCGAUAUUAUUUGUCAAUAAACGUACGCCCCACAAUUCACCCAUAAUAAUAAUCUAUGGCUCGGGUCUUAUUUUUAUUAAUUUAUGAUUCGGCUUGAACUCGCAUUUAACUCGGGAGUUAAACCUGGCAAUUGCUGCCCCUCCCCGCCCACCUUGGUUAGGGGCUGCCCAAACAUCAAGUGGUGGUCUUAUGAGCGCCCAUUAUGAUAUUUAUCGACAGCCACUCGACAAAUUUAUUCACCCGCACUCACUAAUGGAUUGGAUUGGAUUGGAUCGCCUGCUCAGCGGUGUCUUUCGUCAAAGCGUCCACUUGAGAUCAACAACGAACAUGAUUCAGAAGUGCUGACUCUUACGGACAGUCCCGGUGGACGGGCAGACAGGUUGCGGUUAGAUACCGCGGGAUUAGGUGCUGAUUUAGUACACAUUUCCCUGGGGGAUAGCUUACUUUAUAAAUUGCAAAAUUGAAUGGGGUGGGUGGAAGCGAUAUGACUGCUCCAGGACAGGAUGCCAGAUAUCAAAUUUGCUCAUAGGCGUGACAUUCUAUAUGAUUAUAUUGCUGCUAAGGGAUUGGCUGAAUAACGAAUUCUGAUUCCGAUCACUUGGCACCACUGUGCACUGCAGCUGAAGACCCAGUAAAAUGAGAGGUACAAGAACAAAUAUAAGCGAAAAGCCCGAUUUGGGGCGUUGUGAGUAUCUCCCGGCUGGAAUAUAUCACUGCGGCCCAGUUAAGUGCAUGUGUGUACAUAUAGUACCCAUAUGUAUGCAUAUAUGUACAUAUACAAAUAUAUGUACGUAUGUAUUCGGGGGGCAGCGAUAACUGCAGCUCACACCUACAGGGAUAGCUUUAUCGAUACUCUGUGUACACUAUUGAUAUUUGUUCAACUCGGCUGCCUUCGACGCUCUCCUGUUCACUGCGUGUGCUUUGCUUAAUACCUAUUUGACUUUAAUAAGUGAUUGUUGUGCCGUUUAAAGAGUUCCCCGUUGCGCCACUCAAAUUCUACAGCUAUCCGGUUGCCUGAUUCCGUUUCUCCAGUUGCCCAGUUGCCCAGUUGCCCGGUUCUCCGGUUCUCCGAUUCUCCGAUUCUCAGCGGAUCAUCGGGCCGCGAAGUCUUAUGGCGGUGGGUCCAGGCUCCCCGGGUUAUUCCAUUGCCAGUUCGUCGCUAAAAGCACUGGAUCGCAGUGAUACUCGUAUCGGCGCUUCUAGAGCGAGAGAGAUAGCCAGCCAGGCAGUGAAGGAGCAAGCGAGAUAGGGCCGCAAACGGACGCUCUCUUUUGGCGGACAGAUUGUUGUUUUUCAACCGACGACGUUUUUAUGGCUUAUUGAAUUUGGCCAGCGGCAGUCAAAAAGCGCGCGCUACGCCUGCCACAACUGCCGGGUUCGAUCCGAGUUCUAUAUCUGCUAUAUAUGUACAUAUAUCUUCCGCUGCAUAUCGGAAAAUGUAACUCUCGAUCAAGUGCAGCUGACUUAUAAUAAUCAAAUAUAUCACGCCUUCGUCGCCUAAUUACUCACACAUCAAUUAAAAAGUGAUCGCGCAUUAAAAACCCAUCACAAAAUAUAAUUCGUCGACAAAUAGUGUAUUAAAUAAAAUAAUUCAUUUAAUGUGAACCACCAGCAAUCAGUUCAACUAUCCACCACCCACGUUCAAUUUGUAUGAGCUUUUUUUUCUGUUCAAUUUCUUUUACUGUUACUGUUUCGCUCGCUGUAUUCCUUGCGAUUUUCCCGACGGUUCCGAUUUUCCGCACGCGAGAGCCUUAAUUAUGAGCAAUUAUAAUCCGAAUUGCGGUUACUUCGAGGAUUGCAGCUACUACACGAACAACGUGUUUCAACAGGAUUAUUGCAUGCAGACGGAUUACGAGUACAACAAGCAUGUCUACGACUUAUUUGAUGCAAAGGUCCCGUCGUCCCAACGCUCUGGCUUCCAUAUAUCGGACAUCCUGAACUUGGAGGGCUCCGAGCUGAAGAAUGCAGCAGCUGCCGCCGCCGCCGCCGCCCACCAUGGCAGCGAUUUGAGUCACCACUCGGGCAGUGAAUCCGCCAGUGGACAUCGCGGCCAGGGAUCUCACACCUCGCCUUCGGCGCUCUCGCCCACGCCAGCGGGCGUUUCCGUGGACGAGCACCACAAUAGCAGCGGGACUGGGGGAGGAGCGGGAGAAGCGGAUCACCACAGCACCACCGAGCAUCACGCCCCUCCGAGCCAUCCGCAGCAACAGCACCCGCACCACCAGCAGCACCACCACCCUCACCUCCUCCUCCAGCAGCAGCACCAUCAGCAGGCGGUGGCCCCACUCCCUUUGGCGCACCACCAGAGCGGCGAAGCCCAAAGCCACGCCCACGCCAACGCAGCCGCCGCCCAUCUGCUGGCCAGCCACAAUGCAGCGGCUGCGGCUGCUGUGGCCGCCGGCCAAUACCUGCCCAACCUGCCCAAGAACUUCCCGGGGAGCUUCGGCGACGAGAUGUCCUCGUACCACCACAUGGCCCAAACCAUGCUGCAGCACUCGGGCAGGAGUGCGUGGAUCAAGGAGAACGAGCUAUACGGAACCCAGCAGCCCGCCAGUCCGGAUAGCACCUCCCCAGUUACCUCGGAAGUGUCGUACACCUACAUAGGUUCCAAUUGCCAGACAUCGCCUGCUCUUUCCGGCGAUUACAAAAGCUACAGCCGGUCGGCCGAUAGCGAUGCACUGUCCGUGGGCGACGCCCUGCACACCCUCCACGGAUCCUCUGGUAAUGGGGGUGCCGGAGGCGCUCCGACGGCCCAUGCCCUACACAACAACAAUAAUAAUACGACAAACAACAAUAACCACAGCCUGAAGGCCGAGGGGAUCAACGGUGCAGGCAGUGGCCACGACGACAGUCUGAACGAAGAUGGCAUAGAGGAGGACAUCGACGACGUGGAUGACGCCGACGGGAGUGGCGGCGGGGAUGCAAAUGGAUCCGACGGUCUUCCAAAUAAGAAACGGAAGCGACGAGUCCUGUUCACCAAGGCGCAGACAUAUGAGCUGGAACGUCGGUUUCGACAGCAACGUUACUUGAGUGCCCCGGAACGCGAGCACCUGGCCAGUUUGAUCCGCCUGACGCCGACACAGGUGAAGAUCUGGUUUCAAAACCAUCGCUACAAGACGAAGCGGGCGCAAAACGAGAAGGGCUACGAGGGUCAUCCUGGCCUACUGCACGGCCAUGCCACCCAUCCGCAUCACCCCAGUGCCCUGCCCUCGCCUCGUCGGGUAGCCGUUCCAGUUCUGGUAAGGAACGGAAAGCCCUGCUUGGGCGAUAGUUCCAAACUGGGAGCCGACUGCGUCUCCGUGUCAUCAGCCACCGCCACCGCCAUGCAGAAUGCCGCCGCCCAUCACUUGGUUGCCCUAAAUGGAGCGGCCGCCUAUCAACAUGCCGCUGCAGCGGCUGCCGGCCUUCACGCCCACGCCCAUGCUCACGCCCACGCCCAUGGACACGGCCAUCCUCACGCCCACGCCCAGAGGGCUGCCUGGUGGCCCUAAUAUUGCUAGGAACUGGCAUUCACGGGACUGGGGGCACUUCAAUAGGUGAGACAGUCAGGCCCGUGGAGCGAUGAGCCAGAAGACCACGCCGCCAGAUCCCCAGUGAAGCCAAGUAAAAGAAUAUACAAAAAUUAUUGAAACACAUACAAAUCCCUACUAGCGUUUAGUCUCCCGGAUUUAUCCUUGAGUCGCUUCUGUACAUAGUUUAUAUAUAUAUAAUCAUAUAUAUACCUAAAUGACAUAUAUUUAUCCAUUCCUGGAUAUCAGACCAAUGCCCAUGACAAAAGAAAGCUACAUUUCCUUCUGAAUAAAAAUCAAUUUGCAUAAUACUAGUGUCUCUUGUCAAGCGCAUUUAAGUCGCAUAAAAUUUAGAAGUAGACCCAUUUUUUUUUAUUUUUUUUUUAGCCCUAAGUUUAAUCCCAAAGAUAAAAUGUGUAAAUAUAAUAUAAAAAUGAGGUAAAUCUGAAAAAUAGAUUAUUUCAAGAGAGAAAUUAAUAAUAGGCAAUAUGCAACUAAUUCUGUACUAUAUACCAUAUAUCCAAUUCAAGCGUAAUAAGUGUUCACAUUUUUUAGACAAAACUUAUUGGCCUUUUUUUUCUAUGAAUACAUAUAUAAUAUAGGCACUUAGUCCUAACACAUAUUUUUUUCGUGAGUGUGUGCGUGUAUAGAGAGUAAACGGUCUUUGAAUUUAUAGCAAGUAAUGAGUUCAUAAAUUGUAACAAACAACAAAGACAGUACGCUGCGGAUGUAAUCCAAAUUGGACAACAAAGCAAAUCGACACUACAAACUGCAAAGUACAUGUCAGAGAUUUAAUAAAA